AGCCAUCAGAAGCUCAGCCCAGUUGAAAGAUGGAGGCCUUUUCUGUGGUGGUCCUGGUGCUAGCAGUCCUGCUGGGGCUGAUGUUUGCCUUCUUCACGGUGCUAAACCUCUUUGCCGACCUUCCCUCCAAUCCAUUCGGCUCCUUUGGUGUGAGAUUCAUCUACGAGAUGGAUGAGGUCAUGGGGGGGCUGCUGGGUGUCCCGCAUUACUCGAAGGUAGAGGCGGUCUUGUUGGCCGUGGGCUGUGCUGGCGCCUGGAUCGCCGUGUUCACGGACGGGCUCCUGGUCCCAUGCCUAGGCUUCAUCUGCGGGGCUGCCUACAUGCUGAUCUGUGGCUUCUACGGCUACUUCGCGGGAACGGGAGCGGCGCCCUUCUUGGUCUUCGCCGCGAUCAACGGGAUUUGCCUUGGCGGCAAGGUGACCGAAAUCCUGGAGCUGGCGGCAGACAGCGACGAGCCUCGCUUUGGGUCGAGCGGGUCGGCACGGGGCGACCUGCAAAUUGUAGAGAUCUUCGGGGCGGCGAUGGCCUGCUGUGUGGUGCUGUCGGCCGGGGUCAUGAAGGCACGGAACACCGACGAGCGGGCGAAGUUCAAUCAGCGCUUCGUGCGCAUCGCGGCUUGGUGUGACGCAAACUCGGGCUUUGUCUGGCUGCCCGGCAAGGGUGCGCCCGAGGGAUUCGACGACAAAACUCUGAUAGAAUAGAUAGGGCUGUGUGGAAUAGAUCCUGAAGAGGAUUUUCGCUCAUGCUGGAUCAACUGCGAAUGGCUCUGAACU